UGACGUCACAGUAGACGUCACCAUUCAGCAGUCCGUGACGUCACUGGAGCUAUAAAUACUGCGGUGGACAUUGAUAAUACCAUUCUCCAUCAUGAAGUCCGGAAGACGGUUUGGGGCAAUCUGCUUAGUCUCCUCGCUCCUAAGCAUCGGAGCUGUCAAUGGCGCCGAUCCUGUCAAACUGUCAGUGUUCUUUGAGACGUUGUGUUCUGACAGCCAGAGGUUCGUCGUGAAUCAGAUGUAUCCCGUGUGGCAGGACCUGAAGGACAUAGUGACGAUGGACGUCAACAUCUACGGCAAAAUCAUCGAAACUGUCCAGGACGAAGGGUACACCUUCCGGUGCCAGCACGGGCCGGAGGAGUGCCACGGGAACAUGAUGCUGACCUGCGCGAAGAAUUACCUACCUGAGGAACAGUUCCUGGCUUUUACCAACUGCGUCAUGGAAACCUUCCUCGCUACCAAGGCUGAGGAGACGUGCGCCGAAGCCCUUGGCAUCGAUCCUACCCAAAUCCACAACUGUUGGAAUUCCAUAGAAGGUCAAGAAUUAUUGCACAGUGUUGGAGAAGUCCAAAGAACUCUGAAUCCUCCACUGACCUACGUUCCUUGGAUCCUGAUCAACGAUGUAUACACUGACGAGCAACUGGCAGCUGCACAGGAGGACCUGAGAACCGUCAUCUGCAACGCCUACACUGGAGAGAAGCCUCCUCAGUGCAACUGAGACGCCCACCGGAGGCUCAGACGCAUACAAGGGCAACGGGAGGUGGAGGGUGGACCUGGAAUUCGAAAUAUAAGUGGUUCUGGAAAGCUAAAAAUGUAACCUAGAUGGAAAUAAAUGUAACAGGUACUUCCUGGAA